UUUGCUGCAGAGGCAGAAUGACAGCCGGAUGAUGGUGCUGCCAUCACUCGUUGACAGCACAAAUCGCUCCUUUUUCUUCGGCAACCGGAAGUUGACGUAAAGUCAUUUCACUACCGUAAAGCUAAACACUCAACAUGACGAACUCGAAGGGUUAUCGCCGCGGCACCCGCGACAUGUUCUCGCGGGGCUUCCGCAAGCACGGUGUUAUUCCGCUGUCCACGUACAUGAAAGUGUACAAAGCCGGCGAUUACGUUGACAUCAAGGGUCAUGGAGCGGUGCACAAGGGCAUGCCCUACAAGGCGUACCACGGCAAGACUGGCCGCGUGUACAACGUUACGAAGCACGCCCUCGGUGUGAUCGUCAACAAGCGAGUCCGUGGAAAGAUCCUAGCCAAGCGCAUCAAUGUGCGUAUUGAGCACGUCGAGCCAUCCCGCUGCCGCGAGAACUUCCUUCGCCGGGUGAAGGAGAACGAAAUCAAGCGCAAGGAGAUCAAGGAGCGCAACCUCAAGUUCAAGGUGUCGCUGAAGCGCAAACCGGAACCGCCGCGCGUCGCCCGCGUCAUCAAGAAACCGCCGACGCCCAUCUUCCUGGCGCCCAUCCCGUACGAGUUCAUUGCCUAAGCAGCUGCAGCAUCGUAGUGUGGUGUUACGAAAGAAGAGAGUGUGUAUCUGUGCUUUGCGGUGCGGUUGUGGGCAUGUUGCGUAUCGCAACUGGAUCGCCAGACACGGACAUCCGGUGGGAGGAGAAGCGUACUUUAAGUGGAUUUUUGAUCGAUAAUACAGAGCGCUAAUCGUGAUGAAAACCUGAAA